AUUAAAUUAAUUUGGAUAUUAUAUUUCCAUUUAUAUAAAUUAUGAGCCGAUCCAGUAGCUUUAGUUAUAAACAAUAAAGUGACAGAAAAUACAAAAAACGUUACAAAAAUGUAUUUGUACUUAUUGUUUUUGUUGACAAUAAUUUUACAAUCCCAUUGUGAUUCCAUGACACCAUAUUACUUAUUCCGAAAAGAUAUAGUAAACACGCUAUUAACUCCAACUUUAGGUGCAAAAAAUAGUUUAUGUUAUAAUCAUAGUAAAUUCUAUUGGGAAGAAUUGGGUAAAUGGAAAUUGUGGGCUACAGAAAUGUACGACGCUUCCGCCAAAUUUCCUAGUGGUGUAUUAUAUGGAUCUCCGUACGCUUUGGGAAAUUUUGAUCAAUGUCUGGAAAUUAAAGUCCCUCGCCAGAAUGAAUUAUUUGUAGGAAAAUACUGCAUGGCCAAAAUAACGAUAAUCCCAAAUACUAAAUUUAAACUAAAAGAAAAAAUCGAUUAUGAAUUCUCGGAUUACACUAAGUUUUACAACAUUUCGGCUUGGAGUAAAAUGUUGGCUUAUAAAAAUGAAAUUUCAAAAGCUUCAAGGAACGAAAUUUAUUUUUCUAUUUGUAUGCCAUCAUCUUGCACAAGUGAAGACCUCAAAGAACGUCUAUUAUAUUUAUCCAAAACUAUAAACAAUACAAAUAACGAAUUUGAUAUAACCAUUGAUAUAGACGAAAGAAAUUGCCAAAUUAAAAAAGAAUACAAACCUUCGACUGGUGAUAUAGUUUUUAUAGCUGUAGUCGCAUUCUUUAUUUUAUUGGUGCUUGUGUGUUCAAUUUAUGACUUACUUUCAAGAUCAGAAGAUGGUUUUUUACUAAGAUUUCGAGGUAAUUGGCACACCAUUUUUUUAUGCUUUUCAUUUCCAUAUAAUUUAAAGAAAUUAGCGACGAAAACAGAAAACGACGAUGGCUUAGACUGUUUGGCUGGUAUUAAAGUGAUCUCAUUAUUUCUUAUUAUUUUUGGACAUCGUUGCAUGUUUACGUUUGGUGGUCCUCUAUACAACGCCCCUUUUAUAGAGGAGGUAUAUUCAAAAGCUGAAGCAGCUACUAUUUUGAAUGGUCCAAUAAUAGUUGAUACAUUUUUCCUUAUAGCCGGUUUUCUAUCGAGCUACUUUAUUUUAACAAGAUUGGAACAUUCCAUAAAAUUGGUUAAUAUACUUCUAAUUUUUGUCCAUCGAUUGAUUAGGAUGGUACCAGUUUAUGGAAUAGUAUUAGCAUUUUAUUGUACCAUUUACUAUAAAAUAGGUAGUGGACCUUUUUGGGAGGAACGGAUAGGUGUUGAACGUGAACGUUGUUUGGAAAGUUGGUGGACAAAUAUAUUAUACAUAAACAAUUACGUCAAUGUGGAAAAACUGUGUAUGUUUCAAUCGUGGUAUUUAACGUGUGACAUGCAUUACUUCCUUCUCAUACCCAUAUUAGUUAUUCUAUUGAAAUGGAAGGUAAUGUUAGGUAUAGGAACAAUUCUAGUAUUGUUAGUAUGCUCAGCUAUAAUUGUUACAACUUCGGUCUACAUCUAUAAAGAAGAACCAAUUUUAUUACUAUAUACAAAAUUAUUAAAAGAUCCAGUUUACAAUACGACGUUUCGGGAUAUAUAUAUUCCUUCACACAUGAGAUCUAGUCCAUAUUUCUUAGGGGUGCUAACUGGUUACAUUAAAUACAGAAUGAAGAAUUCAGCUUACAAACUACCUAAAUGGAUGAAUAGGACCGGAUGGUGUAUCGCUUCACUUAUUACAAUUUCUACUAUCCAUAUUGGAUUCUUAUUUUAUUUGCCUCAGUUUGCAGAAAAUUCAGUAAUUUCUGCAGUAUACGGUGGUUUCCAUCAUGUAACUUUUGUGCUUGGCAUCGCAUGGGCGAUUAUCAGUAUUUCUUCCGGAAGAGGGCCUUGGGUAGAACCAAUAUUAUCUUGGAGACCAUUUAUUAUUCUCAGCCGCAUUAGCUACACAACAUUUCUUUGUCAUGGUGCUAUCCAAUUGUACACAGCUGCUGUAUUGCGUCAACCUAGUUACACCUCUGUCUUCAGUACAUUUUAUGAGGCGUUUGGAGAUAUCGUUAUGUCCUUCAGUUUUGGAUUUUUACUCAGUAUGGUAUUUGAAUCGCCCAUCAUAGGAAUUGAACGGCUCAUAUUUAGUAAAAACACAAAGAAACCGCAACAUAAUACUGCUAUCCAAGAAGAUAAACACAUAAAACAAGAAGUGGUGAAUAUAGAUGAUGAAAAUUGUAACAUUCCACGUGCAAAUAAUGUGUAAGAUGAAAUAAUGCACAAAGACAAUGAAGACGAUGAAAACACAGUUAUAUCAAUAAUAUUUUUUAUCCUCGCUCAAUUUGUGGCUGCUGUUUGAGAAUGCAAAUUUUUUAGCUCUAUUAAUAUUUUUGAGAUUUUUACUUUUUAACUGUAUAUGACACUUCUAUUCAUCAUUUAUCCAUAGGAAGAUGAAAAUAUCCUGUGAUAUGUGAUUAUUAUAGAAAAAUGAAACUUUUAUAUUUUUUUUCGAAUAAAUAAAUAAUUUUUUUGCAGUUAU